ACGGAAAUUCUUGUAAUCAGAAGAGGUGUUCCCUGCUCCAAUACUGUUAAAGAUACUCUGGCAAUGAGAGGAGGCAAUGGUCCUCAGUAUUUUCUGCGGGUGGAAAAUAGGAGGAGAAAUGUUUUCGUGACCCAGCUGGGACAAGACAGGGGAGAAGAGAGUGAGGAUGUCUCUCCCAUUCCUGUUGUUCAUGAGGUCUCUGUCAGUGAGAUUAUGCAGCAUAACAAAAAGGCGCUGCAUAGAUUCCAGCUUUUGAAGAAAAAAGAGGAAUGUGACCAGAUGACUGUGGAACUGAAUGCCAAGAAGCAAGAGUUUAAAGAGAGGUUGGAACUGCUGGCUAAGCAAAGUGGGGAACUCAACCAAAAGGGUCAAAAGAGCAGGGCUCAUGCUCUUGGAUUUGACUUCUAUCUUCAAGAGUGUGAAAAGAAGAAGGAGCGUUAUCUUGAGAAGUUCAAGAGGGAACGAAAACUUAAUUUGAUAAAGAGGCAUGAAAUCAUGAAACUGAAAGAGGAGAUUAAAAAACUCAAAGCCAGACAUCAGAAACUACGGAAGAAGAUUGCAAAAUAUAAAAUAAUUGCAAAUUUCCUUCAGAAGGUAGUGAAUAUCCUGCCCUCCAGUGAAUAUGCCUAUCUGGGUUAUCAGGAAGACUCUAUUGUUAGAGCCCUCAUAGAAAGGCAUAUGACUUUGGUGACUGAAAAUAGAAACUUAUUGAUGCAUUUGUCUGUUCUGCAAUAUGAACUCGAGAAACUCCAACAUGAAUUUGCAGUCUUACAGGAGGAACAAAACACCCGCAAAUAUAUGCUGAUUGGCAAAGUUUCUGAACUUCAAUCAAAGAGUAGCAUGUUGUAUGCCAAAAAUAUUACAUUGACACAGUAUGCUAACAGUGAAGAAGACAAAUUCACUCGGCAAAGCAAAGAGUUGACCAGCCUAUUAAUGGCCAUCUCAGACCUCGCAGAACAAUGCUACUUGAGGACUUAUGGUCCCUUGAAGGAAAUGACCUUGCUCUCCAAGCUGGACAUGAUCCAAGAAUUCAUUUUGGAGAGAAAACAGAUGAAAGAGGAACUGAUGCCAUCAAUCAGAUGUGGAAGGUCCUCCAUUACUCUUUUAAAGGAACAAUCUCAAAAAGGAAAAAGUAUUCAGAAACAGCCAAGUUUGCUAAUGGAAGGAGAUAUGGCAUAAAUGA